UCCUGGUGCCAUUCCGGAGAUGUCGCACAAAGAUUUGCUGUGACCGUUGCGCGUUCAAUUUCUAUCUUCGACAACAACUUCGAAUGUAGGAAGAGGAGCUUUGUCUUUGUCUAUCGGCUGUUAUUUUUCCCUUGGUGCUUUGUUCGUCACGUGUUCGGGGCCCAUUGCUUGUUUGUUUGCAACUCGAACUUCCAAACCCAGCAAAUACAACUUCAAUGCGUCUUUAACAUCGAAUCUUCAUGCCGCGUGCCGUAUGUGGGGUUUCUCUGAUUCGAGUCUUCUGCUGCUGUUGCUAUACGGCAUCCUACAUAUAUCUUGCUUCCCGCAAAACCGAAUAACCAAAGACAUGGAAAUGAGCCAGCACAUAGACGCGCGCUUAUCCAAACUAUUGCCGAUUCGGUCCCAAACAAUCAUCCUUGUUAUCCUCCAUAGUUGCCGCCAUACCUCACAUAUGCAACUGCCAACUCCGCCUAGGGUCAGGAACGGAGCGUUUGCACUGCAGCCAGUCUUGUUUUCUGCUCCACUGUGUCACAGUGUCCGUUAUGUCAUCACAAUCCUCUGCGUUCUCUCGGAGAGUGGAUACAUCCGAAAGUGUACGCAUCCGAGAGAUUAUGCAGUAUCAAAUCCAAAGAAUCUCCGCCGGUCAUCUCAUCUGGUCCAACAGAGUGGCUCAUAAGGAUCACAUGGAGCAAAAUCGAUAGUCAAUUUUGGUUCCAUCGCCGAUGCAUCAUAUUUCUGCAAGGUACGCUAGCAAAAACCAGUAAGUGAUCGAUAUGUAUUUUGUACAUCUUUACUUGUUCGAUGUGGCAGAGCGUCUAGUGGCUUAUCCCCCUUU